AUUUACAUUUCAGAAGUUAAUAUUCAUUUGUUUAAUUUAGUUUAAUAAUUUGGAAUAAAAAAUUGGGUCACACAAAAGUCACUUCCUCAUUGGAUCGAUUUUUACAAUAUGCAAGGAUGUUGCCUAAGUAAAAUGAAGGCUCGUACAUUAUUCAUUUCGCUGUUGAUCGUUGUAUGUUUAAUCCAGAUUUGUCAUGGAUUGGAAAAACCGACAAUAUCAAGUAUAACCGCAACUGCGACUGAAAUUACUGUUUCAUGGACAAAUGCAUCUGCAGAUAACUACAGCAUUAUUAUAGUGCCAUCGGAUUCAGUCACAUCAUCCGCGGACAAUAUCCCACUCUCAGAUAUAAAGCUUAACACAACAAGUCUUCAAAUAACAUCUUCAAACGAAAGUGAUGGUACCACUAGUAUCUCUCCAAAUAAAGAAUACACAAUCUCAGUUUUUGCUGUUAACUCGACUGCAAGUGAAGAAUCUGAUCGUAGGAACAUAUUUACUAGACCUGGAAAACCAUUAAACGUUGUCGUGUCACGAUAUGCAGAAAGUCCGACGGACUCAAUUUUUGUCAAUUGGACAGAGCCUACCGGUGGAUCAUCUUUCUACAAUGUCACAAUAAAAUAUACUAAUGGCACAGUUGCCAUUUUCGAAACUGAUAUUAUGGCGACAAAUUAUACUGCAAUUGGUUUGACCUCAGGUGUCUCUUACACUACAACAGUUGUUGCUGGAAAUCAGAAUAGAGAAUUUGGGAUUCCAGAAAAUUCUAACAUUCAAGGAACAGAACCGUCGCCACCAUCUCAGUUGGCAUCUCCAUCUGUUACUGCAACAUCUAUCAGCCUUACUUGGAAUACCCCAAGUAUGGGUGAAUGGAAUUCAUACAAGAUUUAUGUAAAUGGCAGUUCCUGGUCAAAUGUUGAUCCAUCUCUCAAUUCUAGUAAAGAUUUAACUGCUGCAACCGUAACAGGGCUCAAUGCUAACACUGAUUACAGUUUUGAACUUGUUACAAUCUCAGAUGCAAACCUGGAAUCUAAGAAAUCAAUGUCAUAUGUAAAUGGGACAGCUCCUGGUUUGGCCACGAAUAUUGAGUUGAUAAGAACUGUUGAUAGGAUUAGGUCAAUGAAUGUAAGCUGGAACGCACCGACUGGGGGAUCAUCAAGUUACGAUGUAUUAUUAUACGGAGGGGAAAAUUCACCAAGCUAUAUGAGCAGCAAUGAGUCACCAAUUACUUUUUUUAAUAUCACUCCUGGUAUAACGUAUAAUGCAUCGGUGACAGCUGUAAAUAAGUAUGAUAUCCGUGGAGGAAUGGCUUAUGCUUCAAGUGACGAAGGCACAGAUCCCAUUCCUCCCAUUUCUCUCAAUAUUUCCCUGAUUACUACGAAUUCUGUUGUACUGACAUGGGCACUCCCGAUGGAAGGCGAUUGGACUGGUUUCAAUUUAUUUUUCAAUGGUUCUCUACAUUCCAACACUGAUCCAUCUCUUCUUUCUGCAAAAGAUCGAACCAAUGUCACAGUAAAGAAUCUUUCACCAAAUUCUGAUUACAUUCUCACUCUCAGAUCUGUGUCUUCGAGUAGUUAUAGUUCUGCAGAUUCACCUACUGUGUCAUUCACAACAGUUCCUCUGCCUGUCAGUGAUGUGAAGAUUGCGCAAAAUUCUGCUAAUCCUACGAACUCAUUGGAUGUGACUUGGACCGCACCAAACAACAGUGCUGCAUCAUAUCUAGUUUUGUUAUUCAAUAGUUCUAGCACAGUGCCAGAGCAUCACGCAACCGUUUCAACCACCCAUGCUGCUGUUACUGGUUUGACACCCGGAGAAAGUUAUUUCGCAUCUGUGUAUGCAAACAAUAAAAACGACCUAAGGAGUGAAGUGGUCAACUCUACUGAUAGAAAUGGAACAGAUCCUGUGCCUCCAACCAACUUGAGAGUCAAGAGUUUUACCGGCAUAAGCAAUACAACUGUGCCUUUGAUGUGGACGAUUCCUGAGGGCUUAUUUAUAAGUUAUAAGCUAUAUGUCGAUGAUUCUGUGUGGUAUAAUACCGAUCCAUCACUAAAUAACACAAAUACUGUUACUGAGGUCACUGUGAGUGGAUUGAGCCCAAAUAAGCUGCAUAAAUUUGAGAUGACGACUAUAUCAAAAUUGGGUUACGAGUCCGCCAAAUCGGAACCUGAUCAUAACAUAACAAAACCGGAUGCUGUGUCAAACGUCACCAUUCUCGAAAACAUGAGUGAUCGUGCACGUUCUCUCAAUGUCACAUGGUUAGCUUCUUCGACCGGUUCCCACUCUUAUUUUGUUUCACUACUUUAUUUGAACAAUACACUGGAGCAAUCCCAGAAUACAAAUCUUACCAAUGCUAUUUUCAAUAACCUACUACCUGGAACAACCUUCAAUGCGUCUGUUGUGGGAUUAAACAAGGAUAACUUAGUUGGGGAUACUGUUGUUUAUUCAGACUCUCUUUAUGGGACAGCACCUCUUCCUCCUGCGAAUAUUUCGGCACAUUCCGUGACCAAUUCUUCUGUUAUCUUGAAAUGGGUGAACCCAACAUACGGGAAUUAUCACAAUCUUAGUCUCACAUCAGACAUGGCGAUACUUACAAUGUCUCCUGUACUUGAUGAAGCAAAUAUUACAGAAACGCAAGUUACAACUCUCGAUGGGAACACAAACUAUACUUUCCGACUUAGAACUGUUUCUGAUUUCGGAUCAUUGUCUGAAUCUAUCUCUUCUAGAGUGCUAACCUUGCCUGAUCGUCCACAAAACACAACACUGGACACUCCGACUACAAAUGCAUCCGAUUCUCUGAUUGUAAGCUGGUCUCAUAGUGGUGUUGGUUUGCAUCAAGAAGUUGAAUUAUGGUCAGAAAAAAAUAAUGAUUCUGUUUUAACUCUAUCAACAUUGCCUAACUCUGAAAGUAGAAAAAGAUUUAGUGACCUGGUACCUGGAGAAUUAUAUAAUGCGAGAGUCACUCAUGUUAAUGCCAUGGGAAAAGGAGAAACUGCCUAUGUUGAAACUCCACGCAGAACUGAGCCUUUGAUGCCGGUACUUAAUAGCAGCAUUGAGGUCACGGCCAAUACAGUUUCACUUUCAUGGUCUUAUAACUCCAAUAAUAAAACAUAUGUGCAAACGGGAUAUGAGUUGAUGGUCAAUGGAAAACUUCAUUCUAAUACGACACCGACCUUAGCAAUGUACACUGGCACAAAUGUAGUCGUAGAUGGCCUGUUGUCAAAUAAUGGAUAUAACUUUACGCUUGUUGCAAUAUCUGGACCAAGCUUUGUCGCAAAAUCACACUCAGCACAUGCAACAUCCUAUACACUUCCUGAUCCGCCCACCAAUGUACAAGUCAUGAGAAAUUCUACAGACAACACUACCAGACUCAUCAUUUCAUUUACACCACCUUUGAAUGGUGCGGACUCUUAUUUGGCUUCUGUGAAUGGACUACAAGCAGAAGGUGGUACAAGUCCUGUUGGUACUUCAUCAUCGAUAAGCGUGGACGGUCUAGUUCCUGGUGCAACAUACAGUGUGUCCGUAAUGUCACAAAACAGAAAGGGAAGCAGUAUUCCAACAGAUAUGCAAUAUAUAACUAUGGCACCUUUUGGAAUGGACAAUUUCAGAGUUUCGGAUAGAUCACAAACAACAAUGAAUAUAACCUGGACUCUUCCACCUAAUUCAAAGAGGGAUACAAUAAAACUGGCGUAUUCUGUACUUGGUGAGGAAGCUAAUGCAACAAAUUUGGAUCUCAACAUCGACUCCGAUUCAUACAAUUUGACUAAUUUAACUCCGGGACAAGUUUAUACUGCUACCGUUAUUGCUGUUAGCAAUAACACCAAUAGCAAGCCUGCAAGCGUCGUUUCUCGAACUAUUCCUAGGCCUCCAAGAAACCUUGUAUUUGUCGAAACAACUAACAGAUCAAUUGAAAUCAAAUGGGAUGAACCAGAGGGAAAUGUCGUCUAUGGAAGAUAUAAAAUACGAUAUGCAGAAGUUACUGAAUUGAUCUUCAAUAUGUUGUACAAUGAAACGUAUGUGGACAAAUCAACAAAGAAUUUUACGAUAAAUUCACUGAAAGCUGGAACAUUUUAUCAAAUCAAUGUAUCUGUUGAAUCUAAUUUAACUGUAGGAAGUCAGAUUGUGCCUGCAACUUACAGUGAAGAAGUAUCAAUAUCUCCUACAACUCACCCAAAUCCUGUCAAAAAUUUGACACUUCGACAACUUGCUGAGGAUCCAACCAAUGGAAUACAGGUUGUUUGGGAAGAUCCGAACGGUAAUAAAGAGAGACUCGAGAUAAUAUAUCAUGCAAGCGGUGCUGAAAGUAAUCAAACAAGUCCUGUGAGUCAAGGGGUUAAUUCUCAAACAAUUACUGACUUUAUUCAGCCGGGAACAAUUUACAAUGUAACUGUCAUCACAAUCAGUGGUAGUUUCAGGGCUGAAGUAACAAAGGCAAUAAAUACAAAGCCUGCUGUUCCAACAGAUUUUAGAUUCACAGAUAUUAAACAGACAGGUUUAAGCGUUGCAUGGAACAGACCCACUGGUGGGGCAAGAGGAUAUCAAGUAUAUUGGAAAAAUUAUACAGCUUCUGAGUACUCGAGCUCAACAUUUCUUCAUGAAACUUCGCAUCAUAUACUGUUUUUGUAUCCACAUUAUCAAUAUGAUGUUGCAAUACAAACAGUCAUCACUAAUUAUCUUGGAAAUGAUGAUAUGAGUGAAAGAAUUAAUAUCACUGAAAAGACACUUGCUGCUGCUCCAUUUGUCAACGCUCCUCAAGACGAAACUAUGCAAUAUGAGGUUACCAUGGAUACAGCACAAGUGGUCUUGGAUGCCAAUAGAUUUGAUGAUAGAAAUGGACCAAUUGAUUAUGUCUGUGUGAUUGUUACUACUAGCAAAAAUAAAAAUCCCUACCCUGACACCUCGAAGAAUGAAACUUGGAAUAAAUUCGAUGUUGGUGGAACAUUUGAAUGGAUUGCUGAAUGGAGGAAAUUCACUCCUGCUCCUAAGUCAAACAGAAGUAAAAGAAGUUUGGAAAACCCGGUCGGAAAUAAAAAAGAAGUUUUUGUGAUCGGUGACGGUAAUCGUACUAUUUCACCAUGGAACCAAACAUUCUACAAUGGAAAACUAAGUCCUUCCACUACAUAUAAGAUUUCUUUCGGUGCUGUGUCUUCCAAUAAAAUUAUGAUUGCUUUGAAUUAUUCAGAAGAGAUAACAACACGUGCAGACAAUGGUGUUAACGGGCCGCUGAUAGCGGGAGUCGUGAUAGCUGUUCUGUUUGUUCUAAUUUUGGCUAUUGUGCUCUGCGUCUUCAUCUUACGACGAAGAAAACAGAAAAUGGCAGACAAGACGAGCGAACGUGUUGAUGCAAUCAUGAUGCCAAAAUUUGCACCUGAUCCUACUGUUGUUCAAAACGCCUAUGCAAUGGGUUUAUCAGUGAGGGAAAAGAAGACUCGACCUAUACAACUUGAGGAAUUUUCCGAUCAUAUGGAGAAAAUGAGAUCAGAUUCUGAUUAUUUAUUCUCACAAGAAUACGAGGAAUUCAAAGGAGUGGGAAGAGAUCAGUCGAGCAAUGCUGCUGUUCUUGCAGAAAACAGAGGAAAGAACAGAUACACCAAUAUUCUUCCAUAUGAUGCCACUCGUGUCAAGUUGGAUGGAGUUGAUGAUGACCCAGGAUCUGAUUAUAUCAAUGCUAAUUUCAUCCCAGGAAACGUAAGUCAAAGGGAAUACAUAGCUGCUCAAGGUGCAUUACCUGGCACUAAGGAUGAUUUUUGGAGAAUGGUUUGGGAGCAUAACACAAGAAACAUAAUCAUGUUGACUCAGACUGUUGAGAAGGGCAAGAUCAAGUGCGAUCACUAUUGGCCAUUCGACAAUGAACCUGUCAUGAGUGGUGACCUCACCAUACAAAUGACAUCAGAGUCUAUGCUUCCUGAAUGGACUAUUAGAGAGUUUAAGAUCACUCAUGGUGCUAACACUCGACGUGUUCGUCAAUUCCACUACACUGUAUGGCCUGAUCAUGGUGUUCCAGAAACCACAGAAACACUCGUUAAGUUUAUAAGAUAUGUAAGAAGAACAAUCGACAGAGAAGCUAAACAUACAGGACCUACUGUUGUUCACUGCAGUGCCGGCGUUGGACGUACUGGAACAUUCAUUGCAAUGGACAGAUUACUUCAGCAUAUGCAUGAUAAUACUUAUGUUGAUAUCUAUGGAAUCGUUCAUCAAAUGAGGAUGCACAGAGUGUUCAUGGUGCAAACCGAGAGUCAGUAUAUCCUAAUACAUAAGAUGGUCGAUGAUGUCAAUCAAAAUCUUUAUGAUGAAGAUGAAUCCAACAGUGAAGAUCAGAAUGGUGAACCAGUAUAUGAAAAUACCAAAGAAGAGGCCGUUUAUGAAAAUACUAAAUUCAAUGGAGAUAUCGAUAAAAAUAAUAUUGAUGGAAUAACAAAUCCUGCUAUGAUACAUCCUGAAGAAGAUGAGAAGGUAGCAAGCAAACAGGAGAAUAUGCCCUUGAUGGUUGUCAUUAACGAAACAAAGCAGGAAGACAAAGAUUCCAUGAAGGAGGAGGAAGACAUGGAAGUUUUUACGGACCACAAAAAUGAUAAUUCCAAACUAGAUGACAUCACUUCAAAAAGUAAAUCAGAGUCAGUAUUGAAGCCGCACACAGAAAAUCUAUCCCAAACGAUUGCAACGAAGAGUAGUGAUUCUAGUGAUAAAAAGACAAAGAAUGACGAAGCAACUUCGAAAGAUUUUUCUCAAAUAAAAUCUGAAAUACUGGAAAGUCUGAAGCAUAUGGAAGAGAAAGUUGCUGAGGAAAAUGGCAGUAAGACGAAUGUGAAAAUCGAAGUUGAUAUUAGAGUGGUAUCGGAGGAAUCUCAAGCCAUUACUACCGAAAGUGGCGAUUCCGGUAAUAACAAGAAGAAAAUUGCUGGAGCAACUCCUGGAGAUCCUUCUGAAAUUUUGGAAAGUCUGAAGAAAUUGGGAGAGGAACGUGCUGAAGAAAAUGCCAGUAGCAAGAAAGAUGAUGCGAAAGAUUCAGACGUAAAAGAUAAAUCAAAGUCAACAGAUGCGAAAAGGGAAGUUGAGAAUGUAGUUUUUCAACCUGUUAUCAUUGAAGGAAACGACUCACAGGAUCAUCACGAUAAGAUCAGUUCAUUUGGAAUUGACCUUCCUCUUUUAAGUCUGAUAUUGACGAAAGAUGACUUGAGGAGAGGUGAUACAACUGAAAGUGUCGAAAGUGAUAAGAAAGCACUUGUAACAGAUACAAAAAUGACACAAAAACCGAAAGAGAGUCACAUUACUACAGAUAAACCUGAAAAAAUUAGUUCUGAAGAGAAGAAGAUCAUAAAAGAAAAUACCAAGGGAAGUAAUGGUGCAGAAAAGUCUAUAUCUAAACCACUUGUUCCUAAGCAAAAGCCAAUUAUUCCGCCGAAGAGAAUAAAAAAUGUCGAGAGUGAAGAGCAAACACAAAUUAGUAAAUUAUCUGUUGAAGUGUUGGUGAAGCCAAGCACUGGUAAAAAGGAAGCAGAUAAAAGAGAAUCAAGAGCAAUCAAAUUAGUCAAAACGACGAGUCGUUCUACUAUUACAUCAGAGGAAAUAGAAGAUUUCACUGAUAAAAAGCUUCGUCGAGUGAGCUCGUCUUCUUCUUCGUCCUCAUCACCCGUCGACGAAAGACCACCAGUCGAUUACAGAGAUCUACCUUCCGUUAAAUCAAGAAUCGGAAACUUAGAAUCUAUCAGUUCAGAAGAUAUGCCUGGAGAAAAGUUGUAACACGACAUAUGUUUGCAAAUCAGAUAAAGAUACUGGAGUCUGUCUUUCUAUUGAUGCACUCUCACUCGCUGAUGCCCAUGUCUCUAUGCUCUUAUGGUUGAGGCAUAAUGACAAUGCUGUAAAUUUAAAAUCAGGCAGUUUGAAAUGAGUAGUUUUGUAAUUUGGUGUGUAUAUUUUGUUAUUGUGGAUAUUUUGUAGAUAAUUACUCUUUUCUUGUAUCCGCUACUCUACUUGUAUUUCUGAGGAAACUAUUAUUUGAUAAUAUUUAAAAAUGUUGUUAGUUGAUUUCGCUCCGUUUGCUUGUAGAAAAAUAUUGCUCGUAAUCAUUGGUAUAUAUUAUGAUUUAAUAGCUACGCUCUUCAGUAUUAGCAUAAAGUAUUUAAAUAGAAUAUGUAAAUACAAUUAUACCAACCUUGUCCAUAAAUCUGAUUUAGCCUAAAUAAAUUACAAAUAUUGUUGUCUUUAUGCAGCUUUUACUAAUGAAAUUAAAUAAGUUCACCAUUCCCUCGGAGCUUAAUUUCAACUAUCACAUCCUAUUUGCUUGAUUUUAGUGCAAUCUUUUCUGAAUGCGCUUAGCAACUACGUACUAUGUGCCUUAUUCUGUGUUUUCUAUUUCCUGUCUUUCCAUAUUAUUCUAUGGUCAUUUUUUUAUAGUUUAUAUUUGUUCAAGUGUGGUCCAUUUAUAAAGCUAACUAACCAGCAUCGUACCAUACUUGAUUUCUCUAAUCAGUUAUGUUAUGCUUUCUCGUACUAUUGCACAAAUCAUGAUGAUUUAGGGAUUAAUUUCUUAUUUUUGUAUGCUAUAUAUGCCAUAAAUACACAAUAUGAAUUUUCACAAGAUAACGCUCAAUAUACACAAGAUAUCAUGUUUAGACGUAUCGUUUGCAACAACCGUUUGCGUCUUUUAUCUUUUAUAUAACUAAUCAUUGUGAGAUAAUAAAAUAUGUUGAUUACAUAUGGAUGCCUUUAUCACACCCAAAAUCAACUUCACCUGGUUAUUACAAAAAAUGAUUUACCUAAAAGUUUAAUUUGAGUCUUAAUGCUUGCCAUAGUGUGGACUGUGAUAUUCACUUCUUAAAUUAAAGAGUAUAUUGAUUCCUUCAUAUUUAAUCUUGCUUCAUAAGCCAUUCAAUAAAUUUAAACCAGGCUAAUCAUGUUUAUUGUUGCUACUAUGUACUUCUGAGUUUGGUUUUGAUUCAAUACAAUAUCCAAAUACGACUGUUAAUAUUUUGUUAUAGAUACUUUGUUUAUCAUGCCCUACAAAUUCUAUAUUUUCUAUAUAUAUUCAAUCUAUGUUCAACACAAUCUCAGUUUAUGAGAUUCCACUGUUUUGUUGAAUAUUUUCUCAAUUCCACCGUAUUCUCUCUGUAGAAAUCACAUACCAAUACAUUUUAUGUGAAAAUCUUGAGUGCUAGAUAGGGGUCACACUAGGUUGUCAGUGCAAUGAGCCAGAAGAAAUUUCCCAAUGAAUGUUGUUUAGUUAUCAAUAAGCUUUAUUCUGUACGAAGGUGUGCACAUAAAAAAUUUUAAUACGGUUUUCAGUUGUUAUAGGAAUCCAAAAGCAAGCUCUAUAUUCUCAUCAAAAAUUAUGUAUGGGCCAUCGAUUUAGAUAAAAUUAUAUUGCAAUAAUCAAAUGAAAAUUUAGAUUUGAGAAUCAUUUGAUAUUUGAAAGCAUUUUUCUGUACUUCAUUUCAUUGGACCCAAAUAAAAGCUAAAAUUGGCAUUAUAUCGGAUAAUACUACUUCGAAACAAUUUAAAAAAAAGUCCAGGAAUACAGCCUAUUUCAAAUACAUUAUUAAACUAAUAGCAUAUUACAUUAUUAUUGUUUGAAAAUGAAUUGCAUUUUAAAAUAUGCAAAGAUUUAUCAUCCAAAAAAUUGAAAUUACUUUUUUCAAUGUAAAAUUGCCCUGUGUAAUGGAAGAAUUAGUCGUAUAGUAGUAUACUAAUUAUGGAACUAAUCCGAUUACAAGCUAUAGUCAAUCUAAUAAUCAAAUAAAUUAGUGCAAUUACACUGAUAAAUUCACUUUUUCUUACAAGAUACUAAUUGGUUGUUUGCCUAAACAAAAUUAUCUAGAAGAAUGUGCCUUAAUUAAAUGAUUUACUCUGUGAUUUUGAUUCACUAUUAAUCCACGAUCAUUCAGGUUUGAAAACGAAAACUUUUUCCAAAAUGAAAAUAUUAAAUAUUAGAGUUUAAUAUUGAUUUUCUUACUAUUUUCUCAAUUUUGUUAAGCGCACAUAGAUGAGGCAAAAGCAUAAACAGACGAAACGAACUUAUCUUAAGACAUGGCAUGUUUAUAUAUUAUACAUAAAACUAUUGGACAUUCUAAUCAAUUAAUAAAUUUUCUUACUUUUGAUGCUUAACAUAUUUUUAGAUAAAUUUACACUCUUUUGUUCGUUGAACUAGCAAAAAUUACUAUGUGCUAUAUGGUGUUGGGUUGAGGGCCUUUAAUGAAUAUUUUUUUUCCUAAUUCAGAUUUCUUGCCUUAUUUAUUUUAUAAAAAACAUUUCCUGCCCCAAAUACCGAAUCUACACAAGUAGUUAGUUACUUUUUGGUGAUAUGAGUGGGAAUAGUUAGAUGUGUCUGUUUUUUGUUAGUUUUAAAAAUGCCAGUAUAUUAUUCAGUGUAGUAUUGUUUUUUGAGUUUUCGUUAGGGUAUAUUUUUCUGUAAUUUUUUUGAAACCUAUUUAUGAUUGAGUGCUUUCCCUAAUAAUUUCUUUGUAUUAUGUAAAAUCAUGGUGUUCACAUUUCUUUUUUUUCCUUAUGAAAUUAUGUGGCAAAGGGAAGUUGAAUUUAAAAAAAAUUUUACAACUAUCAAUCUAUUUCGGGUAUAUGUAUGACCAGUGUUUGGCUUCAGGUGGAGUGCAAUUUUAUGAUUUAUUUUUCCGGUUCAAACAGUUUCUGAAUGCGGUACUCUGACAAGUGUUUGUUAGGUAAUUUGGAAAUCUAAAUUGUGUAAUACAGGGUGGUCACAUAAAACAGAAGCCAGGUAGGUUAUUUGUCACAUAUUCUGGAGAGAAAAUAUCUUUUGUAGAGGGCUUCCUGGUUUGCUGAAACUUUUGGGUACAAUCAUACACAAACAUAGGUUCAAGUGUUGAAUAAAUAUAUUUUCUUUAUUCUCCUGAAGGUAAUUACAAUUUUUUUUUGUAGUGGCGGGUGAGAGGCACCCUGUAAUAUGAUGAUUUGGAAUACAUUAGCCAGGGCAAUUUGCCUUCUUCAGCUCACAGCCUCGACCAAUUUUUUCCCAACUGCUUAUUUAAUGAAAUUACCGUAUUUGUAUUGUUAUUAUAAAGGAUAUUUAAAAGUAAUUCUUGAAAGCCCAAUUCUUUGCAUCAAGGCAUGACCAAAUCAUCUUCAAUUAAAAACUUGGAAGAAAGCUGUUGAAUUAUUCUAAAAAUGUAACAAAUUAUUCUAAAUAAGCUGUUCAUUGGUGGCCCACUGAGUGCUAAUUUUAGGAUGAAAUUUUUUUCUUCUAAUAUUUCUGUUUUUUAUUAUUGUAUCUGGGUGAUUAAUUUUUAACUCAUUGUGAUAGAUAAUAUAAUUUUUUCAUCAGAAUUAUAAUAUAAUAUUUGCUGCAGCAUAUAUAUGUCAGCUACUAUUUCCAUAAUUUAAAUAUUAUUGACCAAUCUUUCUGUAUAUGCAAAUAAAAUUGGCAUCAUAACACA